UUUGAAAUUAUUUUAUUUUUAAGUUGCUUUAAAACUCUGAAAACAAGACAAAUAUUUUCAAAAUAUGCCACCAAAAAAUGCAAAGAAAAAAACAAAAACUGCUUCAGAAAAGGAAUAUACACUCUUGACUUUAGAAGAACUAAAAGUUAAAGAACUUAAAUACACCAAUCGUUUGAUGGAACUAAGAAAAUUUCUCAAUUUUAUAGACGAGGCUUUACUGGAAAUCUCCUCGCUUAAUGGAAAAGAAUUGCUGCAAGAUAAAUGGAAGGAUUUUGUUACGUGUAAUCCUUUACCCAAACCUUACAUACCAUCUGAUAUACGGCUUUUCUAUAAUAAAAUGCAAUAUGUGGAAAACGAGAAAGUGGAGGGUACCAUAAAUUGGCUAUUAAUGAUAAAUGAGAGAAGUCUUUUGACGCAAAAUAUUUACCGUGAGGAUUUGACAAGACGUAAAUUAAAUACAAAAAUGAAGGGAAAUAUUGGUCAAGAAUAUAAUAGUUAUAUUAAUAAUUCAUUAAAAAUUUUACAUAAAAUCGAAUGUUUCUUAGAUAACGAUAUAGAAGUAGCUAAAUGUCCUAUACAAAUUUUCCAUGAUAUAGUGGGACGUAAAUUAGCUAUACAGGAGGAGAUAAAGGAUUUAAUGGAUCGUUAUACUUAUCGCAUAAUAAGUUCAGAAAAGGCGCAAAUGAGAUCUUUAGAUGCUAUUACCGCCGAAUAUUGUUUUGAAGCGGACAAUUUCCAAAUCCAUAUUUGGUGUUUAAAAAAUGUGGCACUAAGAAUAUCUCAUUUAAGUGAACCUCGACUCCUUGCCAAUUUUCACUCGAUCAAACUUCUUCUGCAUGUACCAUCCAAAAUGUUACGAGAAAAUCUUGUUAUUAGAGCCCUUCAUAUGGACUUCGAUCAUUUGAGUGAAAAUGCCAAAAGUUAUAAACAACCCAUUACAGUAUCCACAGAAAAUCUCAAUGCUGGUAUAGUAGAUUUGCCUGAUUGUCUGGUCAAUGAGUGGAUAAUGCAAUUGGAAGUUCAGGAAAAGAAACGCAAUGAAAUGAUACAAAUUCGUAUGGAUUAUGAAGAAAAAAUGCGACAAUACGAAGAGCAAAUGGAAAAGAAAAAGGGACGUAAUAAAGAUGUAAAAGACACCAAAAGCAAAUUGAAAAUAGUAAAGCCUGUCAAAGAACCACCCGUUAUAGGAAAUGAUGUGUUUCCCGAUACUUAUGAAGAAUUUUUGGCGGAAGAAGAAAAGCAAUACCAGCAUUUUAUACAAACUGUUUAUAAGCCUGAGCUGCUUAAUUUAACAUCAGAUGAGAUCAAUCUUAAAAAAUAUUUCAUAUUGGGCGGCAUAUAUCAAUUAUAUUAUGUAGUAAAGCCUGUACAUUAUGAUUUGAAUAGCUAUAAUAUGACCUGGCAUAAAAAGGAGAGGAAAUUAGUUGUGGAUAAAGAAGUUACCAUAGCAGCUUCAAAUGAUUUAAGAACAUAUACAAAACAAAUCUCUGAAUCUUCACAAAUGCCAACUACAAGACGCCUUACCAAACGUAUGACUAUCUUUGAAGCAGAGAACUUAAAGAUGAAUACUGAAGUGGAGUGCCCUUGGUUUAUUGUGACCAUACAUUUACCGGAGUACCUUUGCUAUUGGGGUGAGCCAAUUGCCUGCCAUUUUGAAACAACAAUUGAGCAAAAACAGGAAAAGAUAGAAGAGCCACAAAUAGAACCCGCGGAGGAAAUAAAAACCAAAAAGCCCACGAAAAAACUUAAAGUAGAACAGCCAUCAACAGUUACCACACUACAACCAACUUUAAUAGAUCAAUCUUCUAAAACUAAUUUGCAGUCGUUUUCCGAAGCCGAUUUGCAGCUAUCUCUACCUCGCGAUACUACUACCGCUAGUUUUAUAAUCAGAACAAAACGGUUAACAGGCAGUCUGCGUAGGUCACAAGCCAGUUUCUUUAAAGGUUCCCUAGCAAAUUCACUAUUACAAAAGAAUCCUUCUGAACGAAUUGGCAUUAGCGAUAAAACCGGUACUUUAUACAUAAAUGACUUUCCCUUAACUUCAUCCACGCUUACAAAACCUCAAAUUAGACAUAUGGAAAGACACAUCGUACCACGCAUUAUUUCAUCUUAUAAAUUUCCACAAGAAGUUCAACAAGAAGAAAUCGAGGCGUACAAUAAGAAACCCAAAGGUAAAGGUGGUAAAAUAAUACGUCCGAAGAAUGAAGAUUUUCAAAAUAAAUACUCCAAACGUACGUUUGAUUUUACGGCCAUGCAAAAUAAACCCGAAAGACUAUUUCCCUCGUAUCCUAAAGUAGAGCCCUUAAAUAUUGUGUCCUAUUUAAGAGAUCCAAAUCUACAUAUAGGCCAUGAAGAACCCGAAACCUUUGCUCAAUUACUGAAGAUUGUAAGUAAUAUUAAGAAAAAAUAUCGCUUACGUGUGCGUCAGACAAUGGACUUGAGAAAUACGGUGACUGGAAUAAAAACCUAUAAUAAACGUAUCAGACAAAUGCAAAGAAAAAAGGAACUAUCGGCAAUAACUUCAUCUAUGCAUACCUUACGCAGUACGAUCACCUCUCAGCGUAGUUCAAAGCGUACAACUGCUAAGUCUUUAAAAGAAGAAGGAAAAUCUAAAGUGUCUUUAGUGUCAAAGCGUGGGGAAAAAGAAACAGUGGAACGAGAGAAAUUAAUAGAUGCUGAAUAUUCUAAAACUGAGCUCUCACUCGAAACUGAUGUAUUGCUUAAUACAACUAGUUCAGAAAUAUUAGUAAAGGAUGAAGCACAACCGGAAGAGUCUGCAGCAAAAACUUAUUCACACUGGACUACAAAAUAUAUUUUGAAAUCGGAAUUUGAUAGAGCAAAUCGUAAGAUAAUUUUACAUACAAAUCGUUUGGGUAAUUUUGGCUUUGCUUUCAAACGUUAUGAACACUUCCCCUUUAAAUAUUGGAAUAUGGAACCUAGUGAAACUGAUCCUGAAAAUGAGGUAGUCUUUACUUUAGAUACCCAAUAUGUAAGAUGUGUUCUAUACAUCACAGCCAAUGGCAUAAGAGGACAUGUCACCGAACCCACAAAAACUUAUGUACGUAACCCCAAAAUGUAUUUGGUUAUAGAAAACCCCCUCAAGGAUUACAAGGAAUUCAAGAAGCUCUUUAAGGAAAAACAUUUAAAUAUAUUUGCAGAACAUGAUGCCAGAUUUUAUAUAGAAAACGGUUACUUUUCCGAGAAACAUUUAUCCAAUGAAAUGCAUACAUAUUGUUGUAUGUCAGUUCAUAGUACACAAAUGAGAUUUAAUUUCUCACAAUGGAAUCGUUUGGCAAAACGACGUGAUAUUAUUUUACAUUUUCAACAAUAUAAAGACUUAGCGGAAAAUCUUGUUGAAGUGCGUCUAACACCAGGUGAGGCAUAUUUCGUAGAUAUACAAGAAUUAUGUACAGAGGAUUUAAAUGAUAUAAAAUUAGAUUAUAAUUUAACCUGGCGAAAUAUUGAGUCUUAUAGCGAUCUACAUCGUUUGAUUGUUGCGAUGUAUCCUGCUGCCACUGAUUUACGUUGCAAGUAUCCUAAGUUGAUUUGUUGUAUCAGAGAUUUGUUGAGUGAAAUAAGACCUUUAAGUUUUUCAUAGGAAAAUAUUACUAAAUAUUUUUUAUAUAUUUUUUUAUUAAAUAUGUACAG